AUGAGUUCCAUCAUGAUGUUCGUUAUCCGCCUGGUUAUCGCACUCCAGAUGUGCCAGCUCGCUCUUGGACAAGCCAAGCCCAACGGAAGAUACUGUACCGACAUCCCUUUCGGUUCUCUCUCUCUGACAUUCCGCGGGGAUGUAGUCGACUUCGAAGGAAGUUUCCUCUUCAGCAGUGGAUCUGCUCAAGGUUUACCUUACGAACUUCUGGAGGGUGGCACCGUUAUCAAAGCACCCAUCAACGACCCUAGAUUCCGCAAGGCAUUCGAGGACCUCGGAGCUCCCGUCCCCAUCUCCGACUUGGAGUUUAUGGAUUUCGUUAAUGAUGAGAUCACCGCUACUGUAAACUCACAAAGCGUCACUCUCACCAAAGGGAAGUGUUGA